AAAAAUGGACUUUAAAUCAUUUUGCGAUAAACAAACAAACAUACGUUAUAAUGAAAUAUUUCAUGUUUACUUUCGACUAAAAUGUUGAAAGUGUCACAUCUGCGUUCAUUUGCGAUAUGGAAUGCAAAAUAUAACAGCUGUUAAGACUAAAAAACGAAAUAUUUCAUUGGAAAUAUUUUCAAUUACUCUUGUUGUAUACACGCACAUGCAUUUUGCAAAGCUUUUAAAAUUGCAGGAAAAGAAAAUAAGUAGCUUGCACUUAGGAAUAUUCAACAUUUUUUUUUUUUUAUAAAGAACUCAUUAGGGAAUUUUUUGUGAUGUUUUAAUGUUAAACGCUAUAUACUCGGCGGCCGAUAACCAAGACGGCUCUGGCAGUAGCACCAGCAGUGGCAGUUUAGCUGGUAGUUGCGGUGGCAGCGGCGGAGGUGCAAAUUUUUUCAAUUCCGGAUUACGUUAUAAUUUUUGUGGCGGCGGUUGUCAUGCUUCGCCUCCAGCAACAUUUUCUGUAAUAACACCACAACAGCAGGGUAAUACUCAACUGUCCGUGUCAAGUCAGUCGGCUCCGGCCACUGCGACGCAUGUUAAAAUACUAAAGGCGGGAUUUUGUCUUGCUUGUCAGGAUAAAUAUUUUGGCGGCGUUCCUGGCGUUGCUUGCAAAAAAGUAGAACGCAAAAGUCGUCGUAGCUUUGUAACACGUAGUUGUAAUAAAAUGUCACAUUCCAGUACAAAUUCAGUUCGCAGCAAUCAAUUUUCACGUAACUGCAAAUCGGUGUCACCGGGCAGUUAUAGUUGCAAUGCCUUGAAUGUGGACUUCAGUUCAUAUACGGCCACCCAUCAGUGGACAAAAAUGUUGGAAUGUGCUGAAUUUGUGGGAGCCAAACGCAGUAAACAUACUGUGGUAGCCUACAAAGAUGCCAUGUAUGUAUUCGGAGGUGAUAAUGGUAAGACAAUGUUAAACGAUUUGAUUCGGUUUGGCGUAAAAGAUAAGUCAUGGGGACGUGCUUGCGCGACAGGUACGCCACCUGCACCCCGUUAUCAUCAUUCCGCUGUAGUUUAUGGUAAUUCCAUGUUUAUUUUCGGUGGUUAUACCGGCGAUAUACACUCCAAUUCAAAUCUAACAAAUAAAAACGAUCUAUUCGAAUACGAGUUUCAACGUGCCAUGUGGGUGGAAUGGAAAUUUUUAGGAAAAAUGCCUGUACCACGCUCCGCACAUGGAGCUGCUGUUUAUGAUAAUAAAAUGUGGAUUUAUGCUGGCUACGAUGGAAACGCUCGCUUAAAUGAUAUGUGGACAUUGAAUUUAACGGGAGAAAACCAUCAAUGGGAAGAGGUAGAGCAAAAAGGAGAACGUCCCCCAACCUGUUGUAAUUUCCCGGUGGCAGUGGCUCGUGAUUGUAUGUACGUGUUUUCAGGACAAAGUGGUAUGCAAAUCACCAACUCUUUAUUCGAAUUCAACUUCAAAACCAAAACCUGGCGCCGUAUUGGCAAUGAGCACGUCUUACGCGGUGUGGCUUCUCAACCACCGGCUAGACGUUAUGGUCAUACCAUGGUCCAUCAUGAUCGUUUUCUCUAUGUUUUUGGUGGCUCUGCAGAUUCGACGUUACCCAACGAUUUGCAUUGCUAUGAUCUAGAUUCGCAAGUUUGGUCAAUAAUACAACCAGAGGCUAAUUCAGAUGUUCCGUCGGGCCGAGUUUUUCAUGCCAGUGCUGUUAUUGGCGAUGCCAUGUAUAUUUUUGGUGGGACUGUAGAUAACAGUGUCAGACGAGGUGACACCUAUCGUUUCCAAUUCUCCAGUUAUCCCAAGUGCACUUUACGGGAAGAUUUUGGCAAAUUUUUUAAUGAUAAACAAUUUUGCGACAUUCAAUUUAUAGUCGGUCCUGAGGAAAUCAAAAUAAUGGCUCAUAUAGCUUUUGUGGCAGCUAGGUCAAAGUAUUUGCGCACAAAAAUUUUAGCAGCUCGUGAUGCUAGGCAUCAGCAAAUGGAGAAAGUAUUCGGUUCAGGGUGUGUGGAAGUUCGAACUUGUUCGCCGGGUGCGAAUCAUGAGCCGCUUCUUGAAGUUCGUUUGCCUAAUGCGAAUCCCGAAGCAUUUGAAAUCAUUCUUAAUUAUAUCUAUACUGAUCGCAUAGACCUUAAGGAGCCCUAUACAAAGAAUAUCAUCAUCUUAAUUACGGACAUUUAUCAAUUGGCCGGGCUCUUCUUAAUGCCACGUUUAGCGCAUGGUUGUAUACAAUAUUUGGAUUUCAAGAUAAAUAAACAAAAUGUCCUGGAAGCACUUUAUAACGCUGAUAGGAAAAAAAUACAAAUAGUGAAGGAUCAUUGCAUGCAAUUUAUUAUAAAGGAGGAGAAUUUCACUGACGUUGUAAUGUCGAACGAAUUUAGUGAUUUAGAUAAACCUUUAUUGGUAGAGAUAAUACGUAGACGUUUGAAUCCCUGUAAGAUUGUCAAUGAAGCUAAUUUAGAAAAGAACGUGGGAAAUACGCUGGAAAGUGAUAUGGCAGUAUUUUUAGAGUCGACGGGUAAGGACUUUUGUGAUAUCAAUCUUAUGUUAGAAGGUCGAGUUAUACCGGCACAUAAAUCGAUCUUAUCGGCUCGCACGCAAUACUUUCAAGGCAUGUUUCGUUCAUUUAUGCCUCUCGAUAAUACCGUGAAUAUAUCCAUUGGUGAUAUAUUACCUUCACCAGAAGCUUUUCAAUCUCUCUUACGUUACAUAUAUUACGGUGAAACGAAACUACCGCCUCAAGAUGCUCUGUAUCUAUUUCAGGCCCCUAAUUUUUAUGGUCUUGCCAAUAAUCGUUUGCAUUCAUUUUGCAAGUAUUCCCUCGAGCACAAUAUCAACUAUGAGAAUGUUUUGCAAACUCUUGAAGCUUCAGAUUACACAAAAAUUUAUGAUAUCAAGGAUCACGCUUUGAAAUUAAUUGUUAAGGAUUUUUCCCGUGUAGCAAGAUUGCCGAAAAUCUCAAGUUUAUCACGUGAGCUUUUAUUGGACAUUAUACAAGCGGUGGCCGAUUCGCACGCCUGCUUAACAAUUCCUAUUGGCUUGUCUGAAGCUCAUGGGCCAAGUGGCCUGACACCUUAAAAUUAUGAUGUUAUAUGACAAUAGUAUGCUUCUUCUAGUAUGAUAUAGUUGCCUUCUAUCCAUUUAAUUAUUGUGAAUCCUUAUUUUUUCUGUGAGCUCGGUUCUUCAAAGCAUGUUUCGAAACCAGUAAUAUUAGAAAAUAUAAAAAAAAAGAAGAAGAAAGAAAAUGUUUUUAAAAUAAUUUUCAUAAUCUCUGUGAAUUGAUGAAAAAGUCGAAAGAAGUAUGGAAAGGAACGGAAUAUUUUGUUCAAGUCUUGAGAACAAUAAACAGCAAUUGCAGAGAAAAAAAAAAAAAGGAAAUGCGACUUACGCCGACUUUUCUGAUAUUUAUUAUCCCUUAUUUAUUUUAGUUGUCCAUUUUCGUAAAUACAUUGUAAAGCUAAGAAAGAUAUGUUUAAUGUGGCUCUGUAAGAUAAUGUGCAUAGAGCGGAAGCAUUUUUUACGUUCCAAUAUGCGGUGUUAUUACCAUUAUGCUUAACGCGAACUAUGAAAAGAUUGUUACAUAAAUGUAAUUCUAGUAGGUAGAUGUAUCUUUUUUUCGAAUUUUUCUAAAAAAUUUAACUUGGAGGCAGUAAAAGAAGAAGCUUCAGAUUGAAAUUUACUAUUGUAGGCGAAAUUUUAGAAUCCUAAAUCGUGAUUUAAUCCGAUAGAAUAGAGCGAUAUUAUUAAAUUAUUUCCUCGGGUUUCCGGUGCUAUUUCUUGCCCCAACAUUUGCAUACUCACAGUAGUGGUUGGAUCAAAAAACCAGUAUCCUCAAUAUAUACAUAAAAAAAAAA